AUGGGAAAAGCAGCUGAUUUAUCAAUCUUCGAUGAAAGCCAAAUCAUUAUGGUUCGGCGACUGGGAACAUCAAAAUCAGAAACGUUGCGUUUAGUGGGCUAUUCACGUGCAGUUGUUGUGAGCACAUAUCGAAAAUGGUGUAUGGAUGGUGAAACGACAAGUCGCCGGCCAGCUGUGUGUCUUCCACGGCGCAUUGAUUUCAAAGGAGAGCGGAGAUUGCUACGCAUUGCUCACCGUGGCCGAAGAACUACAACAGCUGAAAUCACCACCAGCUGCAACAGUGGCAACCCAUACGGUGUUUCUCAACGCAGUGUACAGCGUACAUUGUUGUGUAUAGACCUAUGCAGCCAGAGGCCAAUGCAUGUGUCUGCACUGACGGCUCGUCAUCGCCAGCUGCGUAUACAAUUGGCCAAGAAAUAUCGGAAUUGGACAUUAAAAGAAGAUGAAGGCAGCAAUUAUUUUUUAGUGCAAUGA